AUGGCGCCUCCACCUUCGAAUGAGGCCAAACUUGCUGAGGCCAAAAAGCUGGCCAAAUCUGAUCCCACCCAAACCGAGAGCAUCUACAGAGAGGUUCUGGCACAGUCGCCAGGUUCCAAUCAGGCUGCUUUGCAGAGUUACGAGAAUGCACUCGCCGGCUUGGGAGAGCUCUACAGAGACAGCAAGCGGUCAGAAGAUCUCGCGGAGCUGGUGAAGACCAGCAGAUCGACAUUAUCCUCGUUUGCAAAAGCGAAGACAGCCAAGCUUGUCCGGCAACUGCUCGAUUUCCUCGCAGACAUCCCUAAUACCCUUGAACUCCAAAUUGCGACCACGAAAUCAUGUAUCGAUUGGGCGAACUCGGAAAAGCGAUCCUUCCUUCGUCAGAACCUUGAAACGAGAUUGGUUGGACUCUACAUGCAAAAGCAAGCCUACUACGACGCUCUUACACUGAUUAAUGGUCUGUUGCGGGAGCUCAAACGCCUCGAUGACAAACUGGUUCUUGUGGAGGUGCAAUUGCUGGAAUCUCGGGUCUACCACGCCCUCACCAACCAGGCCAAAGCCAGAGCUGCAUUGACUUCAGCGAGAACGUCUGCUGCAUCGGUUUACACCCCGCCCCUCCUGCAAGCCGGGCUGGACAUGCAGAGUGGCAUGCUGCACGCCGAGGAUAAAGACUUCAAUACUGCGUUUUCCUAUUUCAUCGAAGCGCUGGAGGGAUACCAUACCCAGGACGACACAGUUCGAGCCACUUCAGCAUUACAGUAUAUGUUGCUUUGCAAGAUCAUGUUGAAUCUGGUGGAUGAUGUCAAUUCUAUAUUAGCUUCGAAGCAGGCACAGAAGUACGCUGGAACGAGCUUGGAAGCAAUGAAGGCCGUCGCCAGAGCCCACGCAAACCGGUCUCUUGAGGAGUAUGAGCAAGCAUUGUCGAACUAUCGCUACGAGUUGGGCAGCGACGUUUUUAUCCGCAAUCAUCUGCGGCGGUUGUACGAUGCGAUGCUGGAGCAGAAUCUGAUCAAGGUCAUUGAACCAUUCAGUCGGGUGGAGAUUGACCACGUCGCAAAGAUGGUCGGUCUCGACACGCAGCAGGUGGAGAGGAAAUUGUCUCAAAUGAUUCUGGACAAGAUCAUUGUUGGUGUAUUAGAUCAGGGCGAAGGUUGCUUGAUCGUGUAUGAUGAGGUCGAGAGAGAUGCUGGCUACGACGGUGCUUUGGCGACGAUCGAAAAGCUCAGCAAUGUGGUUGACGUCCUUUACACCAACCAGGCGGCGCUGUUAGAAUAG